UUGCGCAAGUUAAUUUGUCACAUAUCGCCAAUUGAUGCUUCUGCCGUUUAUCUUCCAAGGAUGUUUCUAUCUUGCUUGGAUAUCAGAUAAGUCAUAUUCUAAAAACAAGACCGUUUAAAUCGCCGCUAGCUAAAGUGUCGGAAAACAUGGCAAGCUUAAACAAUUAUUGAUGUCAUGAAAAAGCGUCAAUAUUUCCAAAAAAUACCACUACAUCAGGAUGAUACUGAUGAUGCUGAAAUUUUAAACAAUCUUGGUGUACAGUAUUAUAAGAAUGGCAAAUAUGACAAAGCUAAAGAAUGUUACGAAAAAUCACUAAAAAUUCGUAAGAAUUCAUUAGGUCCGGAUCAUGUUGAAUUAACUGAUAUUUUAACCAAUCUUGGUGAUGUUUACUUUAAAAGUGGAGGUUAUGACAAAGCAAAGGAACUUCAAGAAAAAGCUCUAGACAUUCGUAAAAGGUUUCUAGAUCCAGAUCAUGUUGAUGUUGCUCAGUCGUUAAACAAAAUUGGUGUAGUGUAUUAUAGCAAGGACGAGUAUGACAAAGCGAAAGAAUGUUUUGAAGAGUCCAUAAGAAUUUAUAAAAAUUCAUUUGGUACCGAUCAUGCUCAAGUAGCUGAAGUUUUAAUCAAUCUUGGUGAUGUCUAUUUUAAAACUGAAGACUAUGGCAACGCAAAGGAAAUUCAAGAAAAAGCUCUAGAAAUUCGUAAAACUUCUCUGGGUCCAGAUCAUGUUCAUGUUGCUCAGUCUUUAAACAGAGUUGGUGUAGUGUGUUAUACCAAUGGCGAGUAUGACAAAGCUAAACAAUGUUUUGAAGAAUCACAAAAAAUUUUUAAUAAAUUAUUACGUCAUGAUCAUGCUCAAGUCGCCACUGUUUUAAACAACCUUGGCAAUGUAUAUUUGAAAGCUGGAGAAUAUAAAAAAGCUAAAGAGUCUCAUGCAAAAGCUCUAAGAAUUCGUAAAAAAACAUUACAGGCAGAUCAUUUUGAUACUGCUUUGUCUUUUAAAAACAUUGGUGUGUUGUAUGAAAAUACUAGAGAACAUGACAAAGCUAAUAAGUUUCUUAAAGAAGCUCUAAGAAUUUAUGAAAAAUCAAUAGAUCUACAUCAUGUUCAAGUCGCUAAAAUUUUGAAGAACCUUGGUGAUGUCUAUUGGAAAACUGGCCGAUAUGACAAAGCUAAAGAGUUUCAUGAGAAAAACCUGAAUAUUCGUAAAAAGUAUUUAGGUUCAGAUCACGUUGAUGUUGCCAAGUCUUUGAACAGUGUUGGUAAUGUGCAUUAUAUCAAUUGUGAAUUUGAUAAAGCUAAAGAAUGUUAUAAAGAAUCGCUAGAAAUUCGUAAAACAUCAUUACGUCCAGAUCAUGUUUACAUCGCUACGAUUUUAAACAAUCUUGGUAAUAUCUAUUUUAAAACAGGAGAAAAUAAUAAAGCCAAAGAGUUUCAUGAAAAAGCUCUGGAAAUUCGUAAAACAUCUUUAGGUUUAGAACAUGUUGACGUUGCUCAGUCUUUAAUCAGUUUUGCUAAUGUGUGUUAUACCAAUGGCGAGUAUGACAAAGCUAAAGACGGUUAUGAAAAAUCAUUAGAAAUUCGUAAAAAAUUACUACAUCCUAAUGAUGUUUACGUCGCUACUGUUUUAAACAAUCUUGGCAAUGUCUAUUCUAAAACUGGAGAAUAUGACAAAGCUGAAGAGUUUUAUGAAAAAGCCUUAGAAAUUUGUAAGAAUUCUUUAGGUACAGACUACGUUCAAAUAACUAAAAUUUUAAACAACCUUGGUGAUGUCUAUUUGAAAAGUGGAAAAUACGAAAAAGCUAAAGAGUGUCUCAAAACAGCCAUAGAAAUUCGUAAAUAUUUUUUAGGUCCAGAUCAUUUUGCUGUUGCUGAGCCUUUAGAAAGUCUUGGUUUAGUAUAUGAGGAGGUGGGAAAAUAUAAAAAGGCCAAACAAUUCUACGAAAAAGCUCUUGACAUUCGUAAAAAAGAAUUAAGUUCAGAUAAUGUUGGUGUAAAGUCCUUAAACUGUUUGGAUAUUGUGCAUUAUCGCAAGUAUAACAAAGCUAAUGAAUGCAAUGCAGAAUCACUGGAAUUUUGUGAAAAUCAUUACGUACAGAUCAUUUUCAAGCUGGUAAUGUUUUAAACCAUCUUGGUAAUGUAUAUUUGAAAACUGGUAAAUAUGAAAAAGCGAAAGGAUUUUAUGACAAAGCUCUGGAAAUUCGUAAAAAAUCUUUAGGGUCAGAUCAUGUUGAUAUUGCUGAGACUUUAAAAAGUCUUAGUUUAGUUUACAAGAAAACUGGAGAAUAUGACAAGGCCAAAGAGUUUUAUGAAGAAGCGCUGGAAAUUCAGAAAAAAUCAUUUGGUCCACGUCAUGCUGAUACUACUAAUUCAUUGAACCAUUUUGGUACAAUUUUGGAAGAUGAUGAAGCUGAAGAAUUCCAUGACAAAGCUCAAAAUAACUUAGCAAGACCGCAUGAUGUUAAUGUCGCCGUGUCUCCAAACAACUAUUGUGAUUUGCCCACAAAUGAUGUUGCUGAUGCUGUGUAAAAAGUAACUUUACGUGGCGCUCAAGAAAGUGAACAUGAUACAAUCAAAACUACUUCAUGAGAAAAUGUGUUCAACAAUGAGAUACCACAGUGAAAUACAAGAGAUAAAACAAAGCAAUACAAACUUUUAACUGAACCAAUUCAUCAUCAUCAUCAUAUCUUUUCGCGCCAGGGCGAUCCAAACUCGGGCUGGAAGUUUGGAAGUGUUGCGCGUGUUGUAGCAAUCAGUCGAAAUCAGAGACGGCACGUGAAGCCUUGCUACUUGUCCCCACUGAACCAAUUAUACCAUACACAGUCUUUUUUAAAAAGAAGUUAAAACAUACAUAAGGAUCCAGCCCUUGCAACAUUUGCAAAGUCAACAACAUUUGAUAAGCAUAGAUUGCCUUGAUACUCAGAAUAAAAAAUGUAAAUAUAGUUAUCGAUCGUUUAUACAUGAUGUAUCAAACCUUAAAUUAACCUACUGUAAAAUUUCAAUGCAUGAUCACUAUGCUUAUCCUACUGGUUCAUUGUUGUAAAUUUUUAUUUUGUUAUAAAUUACAUGCAAAUUCUAGGAACAGAAAAUGUUUUGUUUUGAAAUGCUUGUUACAAAGAAAGUAAUAUGUGUACGUAGCUGACGAUAUUGUAUACACCAGUGGGCUUAGUAUAGUGAUAGGUAUUGAAACCAUACUGCAAUAUUUUCUGAAGGUCUUCUUUUUUAUACACGCUAUAUGAGUAUAAUUACCUCUAUGAAAAAAUAUGAAAUAUCUUAUUUGUAUAUUAUGAGAUGACAUCGUUCUUUAAGUUCUUUUGCUAUAAAUGCAUGACUUAUAAUUACUACAAUAAUUUUUUAAUACGAAUAAAUAGUCAUACAUUUUUUACAAACCUAACUAGUGGCGUACAAGUAAAAAGCUCUUAUGAAAGAGAAGCAAAACGAAAAUUUUGCAAUUUAAAUCUUGUAAUUCAAUAAAUGUAAUCUAUUUUCUAAAUAUGUAUAUUCAGCUCUAUUAAUUUUCUGUGUUGAAUGCAGCUAAUAAAACGUGUUUUAUAA